UUUUCGUUUUGACAUUUACUUUCAGUUAAAAUUUUUACAAUUAAUUUACUUAUUUUUUUAAAUAAUAGUUUAUUAUAGCAAUAGUUAUUUUAGAUUAUUUUUAUUUAAACAAAAACUUACUUUAACUAGUCAAUUAUUAACUGAACUGAGUUUUAGUACAAUCCAUCCUGCUUACGUGUUGUGACAAAAAAUAAUGCAAUAAAAGUUAAAUUAAGUCCACACCAGCCUAGUUAUGAAUAAAAAACCAAGAAUAGGUCCGAAAAUACGAAUCACACGUCCAGCAUUACGUCGGAAGCCAGAGAAUUUACCACCAAAUUUCGACGGAAAGAAUUUCAUUUAUACUUGCCAAUACUGUUGUGUAAAAUUCACCCAAAACAGUCAUUUCUUUCGACAUAUGACGUCGAACCACCAAACCCAGCAACGACAAGCUACUUUUGAAUGCAAUGACUGUCAGAUCAUGUUCAAAAGAAAGAGUAACUUGGAUAUACAUUGCCAAACUCAGCACCAGAUCAAAAGUAAGUCAAAAUGCGAGGCUUGUGCUAUUACGUUUAAGUCACGUUACUGCCUUCGACAACACUUAAAGUUGAAACAAAUUUUAGCUGAAAAUUCAUGUAUAAAAUGUCAGAAAAAGUUUACAAGCAAAGAUAGACUGAAUAAACACUACAACAACAAACAUACAUACAAAAAUGUAACAUUUGAGUGUGAUUUCUGCUCUCUAAAGUUUAAAGCAAAGGAAUCGCUAUUAACUCAUUUGAAAAGAGUACAUAAUCGGUGUAGAUUUUUGUAAAAUAACAGUUUACCCGCCCAUGGCCUAAUGUCUUGAGAUUUUAGAUUAUUAUUUAUUCAUAGGACAUUCAUGAAUUAAGUGUAUUUCCUUCUCUUUUAAUACCAAAAACUUUUAUUUAGCUAUUUUUCUAGUUUUUACAGCACUUGGGAUAUCUUUUGUAAAAGUACUUUCAUUAAUUGAACAUUUAAUUUAAUGGUUUAAAUCUAUCUGUUUUCUGUUUUGUAAUUAAGGUAAUAUUCAUGAAUUGUCUGCUUAAAUGUACAUUAUUUUUAGAUUAAUUAUUACUUUUUAUAAAUAUAAACUCGAAUAUUGUCUUCAGGGCCAUGUUAAAUCUUAUAAUUUUGAACCUGUUUACUACUUUUCUUUCUAAGGUUUUAUUUCAUUAAUGUCUGCUAUAUUAUUGUCUCAACACAUUUUGAUACAAAGGUCCAAAUGUAUUUUAUUAAUUUUCAAAUAUUUGAAUAAACAUAUUUUUGGUAU